AUGGGUAAGGUGAAGAAGAAAAAUCGACAAUGUCUUACUAGGUCCAAGAAACGAGACGAAAGCGAAGAAAUCGAUCUGUAUUCGAAUAUUCCUCCGGAACUGAUACUUGAGAUUCUCCUAAAAUCGCCGGCCAAAUCCAUAGUCAAACUCAGCUUCGUUUCUAGAUACUGGUCAUCUAUCAUCCGCGACAAAGACUUCACCGAGUUGUACCUGACUCACUCUAUUACUCGGCCUCGUCUUCUUUUCACAGUCAACCGUCUGGACAUGCACUUCUUUGUCUCCCGAUCCCUGGAGGAUCAUCUGUUGUCUUCUGAUGAUCAUCAUAGGGAUAGGGUAACUCUUACUCCGAAACCCGAUUCACGGUAUUGCAUUUCUCCACCCGUCCGCGGCUUGAUAUGCUGUUAUAAUGAAAAUAUUGAGACGGAGGAGCAUCAAGUUCUCACUCUAGGAGCUAACCAAGAAUGGAGAAUGAUUGAAUCUAAGGUCGAUAUACGAUUCUUUUCUCUAAUAAGCUUCAAUCUGAUGUCUGAAGACUUUAAUGUUAUUGAGUUACCUGAUAGACGUUUUAGUAAACUGGUGAACUACGGUGGAAAGAUAGCUUUAACGGAUGGUACCAUAUGUAGAGGUACACUUGACCUGUGGGUUCUCAAGGAUUUCAGUAACCAAGAAUGGUCAAAAUGUUCUCUAUUGGUUCCUUCUUUGACAAACUUAGUUGGGGAUGAUGAAUGUUUUACGUUCCGGGGUGCACUCCGUACCGGCGAGCUUAUAUUUGUACCGUUUUAUUAUAAGAACCCUAAACCGUUCUCUUUUAUUUGUUACGAUCUCAACGUAAACCAUGCCAGAAAAGUUGUGAUUGAAGGACUUGGGAAUGACCAUCGUGCUAAAGUCUUUUUGGAUCAUGUAGAGAGUCCAAUGUUUCUACGUACCAACGGUGUGUUAAUCCAAUGA